CCACAGAGGAGAGAGCAUGUAAUUCAGUUCAAGUGCGUGACUGUAAACCUAAAAAUUGAAAUUUGUGAACAAAUAGUGAAAAUAGUGAACGGUAUCAAUCGAAUAUAGGAAAAACAUGUUUCACAGUCGUUGGUAGAUGUCGAAGUUUGGCGUGAUAUUUUCGAAGUGAUGGAACGUUUGAAAGAUGAUAUCAUAUCUGAUACUAGAGUGGAACUUGAUACAUCGACUGAUGGAAACAAAAAUAAUGAUUCCCACAAAGACGACCGAGGCUGUUUAGGAUUCCUACAACGAGCUUGGAGAAAACUGAGAGAGCCCAGGCCUAUCACAGAUGAUUUGGACAGCUUAGAGCUCUAUUAUUUACAUUCGGAGUUGGAAGAUUUGGAAACGCCUCCCAGAUACAGACCAGAUAGCCUGGAGGCCCUUUGUCGCGCUACCCGCUUCACCCAAGCGGAAAUCAAACGUAUAUAUAGGGGUUUCAAAGCCGAGUGCCCAACGGGAGUCGUGAGAGAGGAAACGUUCAAGAUGAUCUAUGCGCAGUUCUUCCCACAGGGUGCCAAUACUAGUCAGUAUGCUCAUUAUGUGUUCAAUACUUUGGAUCAAGAUCAUAGCGGAUUAAUUAGUUUUGAGGACUUUGUACAAAACCUAUCAAUCCUGUCGAGGGGCUCUCUAGAAGAAAAACUGCGUUGGGCAUUCACAUUAUACGACAUAAAUGGUGAUGGCUACAUCACACGAGAGGAAAUGACAGACAUCGUUAAUGCUGUAUACGAUCUGAUGGGAAAAGUGUCCGAGCCAUGCGUUGACGACAAUACAGUGAAAGAAAAAGUCGAUAGGAUAUUUCAGAAAAUGGACAAAAACAAAGAUGGCGUAGUAACCCUAGACGAAUUCCUCGAAUGCUGUCAAUCAGAUGCUGACAUCUCGUCGUCCAUGGCAGUCUUCGAUUCCUCGAUAUGACGGUCUCCCGUCGGCGUUCGACCUCCUCCAUCUUGGACAUGAGCUGCGAAUGUCGACGGACAUGUCCAAUAACUCUGACCAACGUAAUAAAAAAAAAAUUUGACAUACUGGUGAUAAGGAAGAAUGAUCGACAAAAUUGCUACAUGUAAAUUAUUGUUUCUGGUAGUGAUAAGAAUGGAGUAGAAAUGAAUGGGUACAAAUUAUAAUUCCUUAUACUGCUACAUUUAUUAUAUCCAAAUGUGCUGUUGAACUGAUCUUAUGAUGAUACCUAACAAAUAAGCGAUGGAGAUAUUUGGACUAUUUCUCGUUUACUCGAGCUAAGUGUUUAUAUAUUUCAAUACGAUAUUGUUGGAAGACUCUUAAAGCUUCCUCUUUAGUAUAUGGCAAUUGUUGGUGCUGCAGACUAAACCAUAUUCAAUCCAGAAGAUGUCUAAAAGGUCGGAGAAUUGGUGAAUUCGAUUUUUCAAAGUUAAUACUCUAUCUGGUCUAUUUUCAUUCAGAACUAAACAACAGAAUGGAAAGUAAAAGUAUUAAUUUUAAUACGUUUUCGGAAUAAAUAAGACGAAGUUUCGUUUCUUUCUUAGAUUAUUCGAAAAUCUAUGAAAUCUGAAUCUGCCGUACCGCUUGUCACACAUUUGGCGUAACGAGUAUUAUUCUUGAUGUUUUAACAGCUAUAAUAAAAGCGAACAAAUUGAACAACUCUUCAAUUGCUUCCGAUCAUACAAUACACUGUAACUUCAUUUCUGAAAUUCAACUAGUGAAAAAUUGAAAACGUAAUACGAAGUUCGUACCAACACAAAUUGUGGAGCUCAAGUACUAAUAUCCUCGAGAGAAAAAUUAUUGCAUAACUAAGAUCUAUGAUCUUGUAUUCAAAGGCUAAGUGAUCAAAAUAGUUUUCAUACCGAUAAAUCAAAUUUUGAUAGAGUUGAAAGAGUAUUUCUAGUGAAUUAUAUUUCAAAGAAAUGAAAAUGGUUGUAGUGAUCAAAUCAAAGUUGUUCUCAAUAUCGAAUUCUCCAUUCAACGACACUAAAGUAAAAACUAUUAUUGAGUGUUAAUCGUAUAACAAAAUCAUGACCAACAGUUCUUUGAAACUGUACUAUAACUUCCAUUGAUUGAUGAAACUUAUUGUUGAAAGAUAUUAUAGACAUAUCUCAGUGUGUUAAAAAGUUAAAUGUUCUAAUUGUAAGACUGUGGGAAGAAUUUUUGAUGUAUAGAUAUGUCUGUUUAAAUCCAGGAUACCGAAUAUUUUAUUAUAUCAAAUUAUUGAUGAUUCUACCGAUAACCAUAGGAAUAUCAUUAAUUGUAGCUUUUUUAAUGUAUUGAACAUUUUUAAAACUGAGCAUAAACUGUAAGGUGCUAUGUACCAAAGAUUAAACAAAUACAGUCGAGAAAUAGAAUAAAUGUUAUAUAUUUCAAUGUUAGAAAAAACUAUGAUUAUAGAGAUGGAAAUAGAAAAUAAGAAAAUUAUUAUCAGAAAUUCGAUGUAAUUAUGUGCCAAAUGAUAAGCAGAAUCAGUAUCAUUUCUAAAAAUGGAGAGGUGAGAGGAGCUUCGAAGGAACUCACAAAUAUAAAUUGGAAUUAUAAGUUUUAUUCUUUACACUGAAUAAAAACCUGAAUUACUUCA